AUGAAAAAGGUUUUCAGAGAUUCCUUCAAGAGGUGGGCGCAGGCCACCACAGGGGUUUUGAGGCUCACGGAGACAACCUACGACAAUGCCGACAUCAAGGUAGGGGGACAUACGCCUCAAAGGUGCCAUUUUAGGUCGCUGCCGAGUGAAAAAGAGAGCCUGUCGUGGGAGAACGGAGUUUUGGACUUGGAGAGUGCGGCGAUGCAUCUUCUAGGGCUUGAUCACUCUAACAAAGAGGACUCUGUUAUGUACCCUAACGUAUUGCCAUGGCAGCAACGAAAGGUGGAGCUCUCGGUUUCUGAUAUGGAAAACAUUCAGCGUCACUACACUAACGGCAUCUCUGGCCACAGUGGGCGUUGGGGAGUGCUUUUAAUCACUAUCUUGUCUCUUGGAUUUGCUUACGAGCUUCUUUAA